AUGAACUCGAAACGGACCUCCCGAAGAAGCUCGACGAUUUCCAUACAGAGCAGCACCACGCUCUCCGACAGUCGCUUCGACCAGCUCUUGGCCGAUAGCAAGUUCCACACGAGCGGCCGUCAGCUUUUCAGUCCACGACGAAGGCUUGAGCCCAAGAAAGGUAGCAUGACAUCGCUUAGGUCAUAUGCGACACAUUCCUGUAUAGUAACGACGAGGCCAAGGAUGAGGAUGAAUUUAUAA